AAAAAAAAAAGAAGAAAAAUCCUUCACUUCAGUUUAGUGUGGAAGAGGUUUCACUUUCAAUGUGACCCAUCUUUCUACUCGUUGAUAUCUACGAUUAAUGUUCACUGAGGCUGCUUUGUAGAUGUGGAGGUCAAGGAAACUACCUUGCUUUCAGAAGAAUUUGGCUUAGAUCUUUCACUGAGAUAAGAAAGAACAUGGUUCAGACACUUGAAGCUGUCAAGGGUGGUGGGGGAUCCAUCAAAGUGGGAACCACUGGGACAAUCAGUGCCCUGAUGUCAAGGGAACUGGGAUCUAUGAAAUCUGCCACAUGUACAUCUAGUACGUCUACAGAUAAAUCUCCUACAGCGUCGGGCUUGACUCCUAGUGGUGCUACUACUCCCAAGAAACUAAAGCAUAGAACAUUAGUGGAUGAAGCAAGCAGUAGUAAUGGUAGCAACAGCAUUAAUCAUAAAAGCCCUGAAAAAGUCCGCAAAACAAAACACUAUCCGAAAACCCAUCAUAUUCCAAUGCUUGGCUCGGAUAAUAUUUCAGUAGAUGGAACUCCUAUAAGAGGAAAACCUGACAAAAAGGGUUCUAACAUAGUUGAAGUUGUGGACAUAAAAUGCAGGAAUCAGGAUAGGACAUGGGUGACCCCUUUAACAAAUCGACUCAAGAAGCUCAGUUUCUCUAAGCUCUCUGAGAGUGUUGUCUAAACCUGCACCCUUUGCA